GAUCCAAAAGGUUCAAAUUAAUUCAACUUCAGUUACGAAAAUGCCUACGAAGAAAAAGAGCUCAAAAACACCUUCGAAACCCUCCAACAACUCCGACCACAACGGCGAUUUUCCCUCUUCCCCCCCCGCCGCCGCUUCUUCUUCUUCUCCGAUAUCGUCAAUUUUCGACCCCACCGACGAACAAUUGCUGCUGUCCUUCCUCGAUGAAGCUUCGGUUAAAUUCCCGUCUCUCAUUUCCAGAGGAGCUCUCGUCGGCACAGUGGUGUACGACGCCGUUUCCGAAUCCAGAGGCUGCAAAAUUUGGCUUUCCGAGUCGGCCAUGCUUUCCUCUUCCAUUCCCCCCGGCUCCCUUGCCUCGGUCUCCCUUUCUUCUUUGGACAAAACUUCGAGUGGCUUUCCUUUGAGUGUGAUAUCAGACGAAUGCGCACGGCAUUUUGGGUUUGACUCGGCAGAUAAUGUGGGUGAAGAAGCGGGAGAUUUCUUUGCUCUCGCAACCGUAUUCCCAUCUUCUAAGGUGUUGAAGAACGGGGUGCGCUUUUCUUCGGACCUUUCAUAUACUCUGGGUUGUCCAGCAUCAGGCAGGAUUGUUUUUGUUUAUCCUGUUAAUCGUCAACCUUUGACCGAGAAUAGAAAUGGUAAACAAAAUGGCAAUGCAGCUAGUUAUAUCUCAUUAGACAGCUGCAAGGAUUUUUAUGUAUCUCCAGUAUAUUUGAAGGGCAAAAUUGAUAUGGAAGUUGCAUAUGGUCAAGUUGAAAAUAACAAAGUUUCAUCCCCAAAGACACCAUCUCUUUCAGAGUCGAAACUUAGGUCUCCGUGUUCAACAACAUCUUGCACAUCGAAUUACGACAAGUCCACAUCAAAGAAAAAUUAUUUGUCUCAUGCAUCUAUUAACAUACUUGACGUGGAGGAAGUUUUAGGGGAUGAUUCUUCAAGGAAGCUUCUAGAGAACUGCACUGCGUCGUGGUUGAGUUCACGAAGUUUACUCCCUGGAAAUUUUGUUAUCGUCCCAGUACUUUCAGGGCUAUGUGUUUUUCGGGUUGCAGCCAAAAGAUUGUUGUCAAAUAGUGAGAUCUCGAAUGGUAAUAAUCAUGAUUUCCCGGCUCGAAGUACAGAUACAGGACAAGAAACGGUAUCUGCUUUUUCUCUAGAUUGGGGAACAAAGAUUCAUUUUCUGUUACCAGGAAAUCGCAUGUUUGAUGAAACUUCAGUGAGCAGCGCUUCAGCACAACCAGAACUUGCACAUGGUUCUACCAAAAUUAGUACGGGAAUUAACGUUCCUAUGUUGGGAGGCCUUUCUAAAGAAUAUGCACUUCUAAAAGAUAUUAUAAUCUCAUCAGCAUCGCAAGUUACAGUUGCAAGGUUCGGUUUACGGCCUACAAAAGGAGUGCUUCUUCAUGGGCCACCAGGAACUGGGAAGACUACUUUGGCUCAAAUAUGUGCUCAUGAUGCUGGCAUUAGCAUGUUUUCCGUAAAUGGACCUGAAAUUAUUAGUCAAUACCAUGGAGAAUCUGAACAAGCGUUGCAUGAAGUGUUUGACAAUGCCAGUAAGGCUUCACCUGCUGUAAUUUUCAUUGAUGAGUUGGAUGCGCUUGCACCUGCACGUAAAGAUGGAGGAGAUGAACUAUCUCAAAGAAUGGUCGCCACUCUCUUGGAUUUGAUGGAUGGAAUUAGUAGAACAGACGGAAUACUAAUUAUUGCCGCAACAAAUCGUCCUGACAGUAUCGAGCCUGCACUUAGACGCCCUGGAAGACUCGACAGAGAAAUUGAAAUAGGUGUUCCAUCUCCUCAGCAGCGUCAUGAAAUAUUGCUUGCCCUUCUUCGUGAGAUUCAGCAUUCACUUUCAGACAAGGAUAUCCAAAAUCUUGCAAUGGGCACACAUGGUUUUGUUGGAGCUGAUUUAGCUGCUCUUUGCAACGAGGCAGCCUUAGUUCGUCUUCGGCUUUAUGUUAAAUCAAAUGUUAGUUCAGAUUUCAAAGUUUCAACUGUUUCAUUCGAUUCAGUCUGCCAAACAUCAAGUCAGUCACGAGAUUUUUACUCGGGCGCUGAUGUGGAAUCACCUCGAAAUUCGGUAGAUACUGUGGAAAGUAAUUUGGAGGCAGCUUUUUCAGAAACAUUAAAUGGGGAUUCUGUUCCAAACGACAUCUUAAGUGUUAAUUCAGAUGACUUUGAGAAGGCUAGAGUUAGAAUAAGGCCAAGCGCCAUGAGAGAGGUAAAUCUUGAAAUUCCAAAAGUUCGGUGGGAAGAUGUUGGUGGUCAGGAAGAGGUCAAAAUGCAAUUGAUGGAAGCUGUGGAAUGGCCUAUAAAGCACAAGGAUGCUUUCGAGCGCAUUGGAACCCGCCCACCUUCCGGAAUAUUGUUGUUUGGCCCUCCAGGUUGCAGCAAAACUCUUUUAGCCCGUGCAGUAGCUUCAGAGGCAGGAUUGAAUUUUCUUGCAGUAAAGGGCCCUGAGCUUUUCAGCAAAUGGGUCGGUGAAUCUGAAAAGGCAGUGCGUUCAUUGUUCGCCAAAGCAAGGGCAAAUGCUCCUUCGAUUAUAUUUUUCGAUGAAAUUGAUGGACUUGCUGUAAUUCGUGGGAAAGAAAGUGACGGGGUUUCGGUUGGUGAUCGGGUUAUCAGUCAGCUACUCGUUGAAUUGGAUGGUCUGCAACAAAGGGGUAGUAUAACUGUAAUUGCUGCUACAAACCGGCCAGAUAAGAUCGAUUCUGCUCUUCUCAGACCAGGGCGUUUUGAUCGACUGCUUUAUGUGGGACCACCAAACAGAAAAGACCGAGAGGAUAUAUUCCGUGUGCAUUUGCAUCAAAUGCCGUGUAGUUCUGAUGUAUGUAUAAGGGAGCUCUCUCUUCUUACUGAAGGCUACACAGGUGCUGAUAUAUCACUUGUCUGUCGUCAAGCAGCCAUUACAGCUAUGGAAGAAAACAUAGAUGCCUCGGAAAUCACAACGGAACACUUGAAAGUUGGAAUUAAACAAGUAAAUCCAUCUGAUGUUGGUACGUAUGAUGAGCUAACGGAAAAAUUUCAGCGACUCGUUCAUUCAACUGCUAAGGAAGAUCAUUUGGCAGCAGAAACUUCCCUCUCAAUUCAACCAAGUCAUAAAUCACUUUGGACCAGAAUAGCAUCAGCUGUGCCCUCUCCUUUUCGGCUCCCCAGAUUUUUUCCGAAAUCGGGUUUUUCGUGACUACGCCGGUAAUUUACACACACACACACACACACUGGAACGUGUAUUUCAUGUAUAAAUGAACAGUGAAUACACACACCUGGUGUACACAAGCAGUUAUAGUAGCAUUACACUGUACAUAUAAACAUGAUUUGCCUAUGGGGAAAAAAAAAUAUAAAAAAAAGAAAAAAGAAUUAUUACAUCCUGGUCUACUGUGUGGGGAGUUUAAGGUUGGUCUAUGUUGUAAUGAUGAAGCAACAAGAAGAUUCGUUACAGAUGGCAGACUGUGAUUGGUACUCAUUAUUUCCUUGUUGUGGAUAAGCAGUGGGGAUUGCAAGUGUUGCAAGAUGUUGUUUCUCAUAUGGCAAAAGAGAUUGUCAAAUGUCAAGUCAGUGUGAUUAAUUUGGCAACAACUUUUGUCAGAUUCACAAUUUCAACACACUAUUUAUUUUCACCCUUUUAAUCUAUUUAUUUAUUUUUU